AUUUAAACGGCGCGGAGCGGCGCGGCGCGGCCGUCUGGCCCUUUGCUGCACUAUGGAUCCUCAGGGGCACGUGCGAAGCGCUUCUGCCCAAGGUGCCAAGGAAGGAGUAAGCAAGCCCGCCGUCCCGCAGAAGAACGCUUACGCUCGGCUCGUGCAGAAGCACCACAGCGGCCGAUUCCGGUCCUACAUGAAUCACGUUGCGCAGAAGAUGCAGCUGGAAGACGGCACCUGCAACGACCUCAGCCUGGACCUGGACCCACCCCUGAGGAGAGGACUGGCGAAGGAUAACCUGGCCAGGAACGGGUUGAACGUGCACAGCUAUUCACCAGGCAGAGCGCCUCACCUGGAACAGCCCAUGCCUGGGGGAUUUGAGAACGAGAAAUCCAUCCUCAACAGGUGUUCUCAUAGAAAAAAUGCCAACGUUAACCUAGAAGGAGACCUGGAGGCGGAGGAAGACUACUACGUGCAUCAGCAUGGAGCUGCAGGCGACUUGUUAAACGUGAGCGAUGCCCCGGGUGGGAGAGCGUCGACCAGCCUGAGGCACGGCGCAGCUCUGCAGAGGUCGUCUGGUUCUGACGAAAAGGACGAGGAGGACAUGUGGAGGAAGAAACACAAGAAAUGAGGCAGGUGCCCUGCCAACACGGACCCAGCGGCUGGACACUUGGUGACUGAGCAGUCUGGUGGGGAUGUGCCGGCAGCAAAUGCCAGGAAAAGCAGUCACUUGUCUGCAGGCCACGUCCACGGUGCAGAAAAGAGAGGGUUUGCAAGGACCAGAAACAACUCUGAAUCUACAAGAGCUCCACAGAACUUCGAUAGGAAGAGACAACUCUCUGAAUCGCAGACAGAAACAAUGAGCAAUUCAGACAGCAGAAUAAAUCCUAGACAACUGGGAACUCCCAGAGGAGGACCCUAUGCUGCUGCCCCGACAUCAAACGAUAGAAAGAAUCGAAAUAAACCCACCCGAGGGAGGAAGAAGAGUAUAUUUGAAGCCUACAUGUCAAAGGAGGAUGUUUCAGCAGGACUGAAAAGGGGAGAGCUAAUUCAGGGACCCUUGAGAAUAAAUCCUAAGAAGUACCAUGAAGCCUUCAUUCCAUCUCCAGACGGGACUCGUGAUAUCUUUAUUGAUGGAGUGGUUGCUCGCAACAGAGCCCUGAAUGGUGACAUCGUGGUAGUGAGACUGCUUCCCAAGGAACAAUGGAAGGUAAUAAAGCCAGAUGGUAGUGACAAAGAAACAGAAGCCACGCGUGAAUCAGAUGUCCCUGAGGAUAUGCUGGGGACUUGCGUUCCUCGAGAGACGGCAAAAGACGAUGCUAAAAGUCCGGAUGUCAUUAUAGAAGCUCAGUUUGAUGAUAAUGAGGCAGAGCAUGGACAAGACCACUUGCAGGAUGUGUUGGCUGAUGACAUUAAGAAACUUUCCCUGGAUACUGGUGAAAAGGUGAAGGCUGUUGGGAUCGGUGCUGUGCACAAAACAAAACAAGAUGAUGCACCCAAGGUGAAUGAUCCCAGGCUCCUCCCGGAUAAGUUUCUUCAAAGGACAGCUAAGGUGGUCUAUAUUUUGGAAAAGAAGCAUUCCCGAGCAGCUACAGGCUUCAUCAAGCUUCUGGCAGACAAGAAUAGUGAACUCUUCAGGAAGUGUGCCAUGUUCUCACCUGUGGACCACAGAGUGCCCAGGGCCUACGUGUCUUUAGCUGAUUGCCCUUCAGACUUUGUGGCCAGACCUGAGGACUAUUCAAAUAUGCUCUUCAUCUGCCGGAUAGUGGACUGGAAAGAAGACAGCAACUUCGCAACAGGGCAGCUGGCCAAAAGUCUUGGUCAAGCAGGGGAGAUUGAGCCGGAAACGGAAGGAAUCCUGACAGAGUACGGUGUGGAUUUCUCUGACUUUUCCCCUGAAGCCCUGGAAUGUCUUCCCCAAAGCCUUCCUUGGUCUAUCUCGCUGGGAGAGCUGGCCAAAAGAAGAGAUUUAAGGAAAGAAUGCAUUUUCACCAUCGACCCAUCAACUGCCAAAGAUCUUGAUGAUGCUUUGUCCUGUAAACAACUCCCUGACGGGAACUUUGAAGUGGGUGUUCACAUUGCGGAUGUAAGCUACUUCGUACUGGAAGAAACAGCACUGGAUAAAGUGGCAAGCGAAAGGGCAACCAGCGUCUAUUUAGUGCAAAAGGUGAUCCCGAUGCUUCCCAAGCUGCUCUGUGAGGAGUUAUGCAGUCUCAAUCCCAUGCAAGACAGGCUGACGUUCUCUGUGAUGUGGAAGGUGACUCCAGAAGGCAAGAUUCUUGAUGAAUGGUUUGGACGGACAGUCAUCUGCUCCUGUGUGAAGCUAAGCUACGACCACGCACAGAGUAUGAUUGAAAACCCUGGGAAGGUGUUCUCACCUGAAGAGCUACCCCCUGUCUCCCCUCAGCACUCAGUAGCUGAGGUCCAGCAAGCUGUGCUGAACCUGCAUCAGAUUGCCCAGCACCUCCGCAAACAGCGCUUCAUUGACGGUGCUCUGCGCCUCGACCAGCUGAAGCUCUCGUUUACCUUGGACCAGGAGAGCGGGAUGCCUCAAGGCUGUUAUAUCUAUCAGUACCGGGACAGCAACAAGCUGGUGGAGGAGUUCAUGCUGCUGGCGAACAUGGCCGUGGCCCAUCAGAUCUACCGCUCCUUCCCCGAGCAGGCCUUGCUUCGCCGUCACCCGCCGCCCCAGACCAAGCUGCUGAAAGACCUGAUGGAGUUCUGCAACCAAGUCGGCCUCGACAUCGACUUCAGCACUGCGGGGACCCUGCACAAAAGCUUAAAUGAAACAUUUGGGGCUGACAAGUACUCCGAAGCCAGGAAAGAAGUGCUGACCAACAUGUUCUCCAGGCCCAUGCAGAUGGCUCUGUACUUCUGCACCGGCGUCCUGAAGGACGAGACCCUCUUCCGCCACUACGCCCUGAACGUGCCCUUCUACACCCACUUCACCUCGCCCAUCCGCCGCUACGCCGAUGUCAUCGUGCACCGUCUGCUCUCCGCCUCGCUCGGUGCCAGCGCCCCCAUCAAGCUGGAGAAAGAUGCCCUCCAGAGACAAGCAGACCACUGCAACGACCGCAAGAUGGCUUCCAAGAGGGUGCAGGAGCUCAGCGCUGACCUCUUCUUUGCCAUCUUCGUCAGGGAGUGCGGUCCUCUGGAGUCUGAGGCCAUGGUGAUGGGCGUACUGAACGAGGCCUUCGAUGUCCUGGUGCUGAAGUUUGGAGUCCAGAAGCGCAUCUACUGCAACGCACUGCCCUUGCUGGGCUUCCACUUCCAGAAGGUGGGGAGGAAGCCGGAGCUGACACUCAUGUGGGAGCCAGAGAAGCCGGAGCAAGAAUCUCUGUCCCAGGUGAUCACCAUUUUCACGCUGGUGGAGGUCGUGCUGAAGUCAGAGGGCGUCCCCCUCAAGUACAGUGCCCUGCUCAAGAGACCCAGCUCGGAGAAGUGAGCGUGCCCUGCCUUGCUGCUCCUGCUGCAACCUUCAUCCCCAACACCACACCGGCACCCGCGGGGGACAGAGGGGACCCACAAGGAGUCUGGGGAUUUGGUUUUUAAAACCGUUGUCAUUUUAUUUCUGGUUUGGAUUUUAACCCAGCCUGGCGGGCUGGGAGCAGGGUCCAGGGCUUUCCCCAGAGUAUUUCUACUCAAAAGAUAUUUUUAGCUUUGUGCUUUUUUUUUUUUUUUUAAAGGCAGUGGGUGCCCAGCCUUUACCACUGCGGGUGACUGGGGUGAGGGACCAGUGUCCCCAGGAGCGGAAGGGCUGCUUUAGACUGGGUGCUCGUCCCUGGGUGGGCUGAUGGGGAGGGAGCCAAGGGGCUGCGCAGGAGGGUUCCUGGCUGGGCUGUGUAUCGUGAAAUAAAGCCAGGUCAGCAGCC